GAAAGAAGUAAGGAGGUGGGUGGGGAGAGGUGGUUGGGGGCAAGAGAUGGAUAGGGGGAGUGCGGAUGGACAGGGGAAGGAAAGAAAGAAGUAAGGAGGUGGGUGAGGAAAGGUGGUUGGGGGCAAGAGAUGGAUAGGGGGAAUGCGGAUGGACAGGGGGAGGAAAGAAAGAAGGAGGUGCGUGGGGAGAGGUGGUUGGGGGCAAGAGAUGGAUAGGGCGAGUGAUGGACGAGGGUGGGGAGGGAGGAAUAGAGAGUGGAGGGAGGGAAAGAAUGAAAUAGGAAGAAAGAAAGGAAGGACACAGAAUAAAAAAGUUUGGAUUAAAAACUAAAAUUUUGCUAUUCACUUGCAGACAGUGGUAAGAAAGCGUUCACACUGUGGCCUGACAUUGGUCCACACAUAAUAGAGUUUCCAGCAGAAAAUACGGUGUAUGUGCGCGAAGACUUAGCCAAAUAUAGACUGGUGAAUUGCAAAGCUGUAGGAAAAUAUCCUAUCAAGUAUGAAUGGAAAACGUACUCCGAGGUAAGUGAGAUCAAGUUUGGAUCAGUCCAGUUUAACGUCACCAAACAGCGCAGGGUUUUUUAAGUUUACUGGACCACUACAGGAUGGCUGUAACUGCACCUCUAGAAAGACGAUUGAAGAACUGAUGGAGUUAUCCAGUAUAAAUAAAGUUUAGUUUAGUUAACAAUAGACCAACAAAGGACUCGACCUCUAGGAAGAACAGUUUAGAACUGAUAGAGCUAUCCAUUAUAAAUAAAGUUAGUUUAGUUUAGGUUUCCUCCUGUAGUAACACUGGAUCAAUAAGAGAUGAUCCUUACUGGACCUCUAGAGAGAACAGUUUACAACUGAUAGAGCUAUCCAUUAGUGGUCUCCAGUCUCAACUCUGUUUCAUUGUAGGAGGUUGUGAGUGAGUCUAGUACACUGGACACGAGGGCAUUGAACGACACAACAUCAUAUGUACAGUGCGUUGCGACUAUGCGAGGACUGGUCGCAGAAUCAACAUUUGUAACGAUCAGAGCAAUUGGUAAGAUCUUAUAAUAUGAAUUAAAUAUCAAUUGUCCAGUAUAAAUAAAGUAAGUUAAGUUAGGGUCCUUCUGGUAACACUGGAUCAAUGAGAGAUGAAGCUAACUGGACCUCUAGGAAGAACAGUUUAAAACUGAUAUAAAGCUAUCCAGUAUAAAUAAAAUUAGUAGAGACCUUAAGAUUGACGUUUACGGCAAACGUCAAACCGCUAGCGAAGUUUUUGAUUUUACAACUCUAUUAUUAUAGCUUUCACACCAGUUUUGAAAUAUGUUAAACUUAUUAAACUUGUGCUCUUUAUCAAUGAUUUAAGAAAGCAAAUUAACCACUAGUCAUGCCAUUCACCAAAGCAGUAAAUUAAGAUUUGGCGUUUGAAGUUGACGUUUGGCGUAUAAAUUUCAUGCUUUAACGACUACAAGCCCUCGUAGCAGUUCAAGCAUGGAAUUUAUACGCCAAACGUCAACUUCAAACGCCAAAUCUUAAUUUACUGCUUUGGUGAAUGGCAUGACUAGUGGUUAAUUUGCUUUCUUAAAUCAUUGCUAAAGAGCACAAGUUUAAUAAAUUUAACAUAUUUCAAAACUGGUGUAAAAGCUAUAAUAAUAGAGUUGUAAAAUCAAAAACUUCGCUAGCGGUUUGACGUUUGCCGUAAACGUCAAUCUUAAGGUCUCUAGUUUAGUUUAGGUUUCCUCCUGUACCAACACUGAUUGAAUAAGAGAUGACUCUUACUGGAUCUCAAGGAAGAACAGUUUAGAACUGACAGAGUUAUCACAAGCAGAAAUAUAUAAACAUUUAAGAACGCGUAAUAUGUUUUUAGACCCAACCAUUAUAUUCAGUGACACGUACAACAACAGAACGUACGAUUUGCCAGAGAAGAACGAGACAACAUCUGAUGGAUAUAAAGACGUUUUGAUAUUUGGUGCAAGAGAAAAGAAAACUGGAUAUUAUUAUUGGUAUUGGGCGAGACGAAUAAGUUGUUCAAUUACUAAAGGUGGGUUGAACCCAUUCAGGGGUGUGAAGAUCUCCCCAUAUACCAAGCUUCCAAACCAGAAAUUAUUACAGGAAGUUAGGAACCACUGAGUAUUGUAAUAAAAUAUAAAACAACAGUAACUCCGAACAAAUCAUGAAAUAAACAUUUUAAUAUUCUAGCUUUAAUAUUCUAGCUAGAUUCAGUCAUCAUGAUUAUAUUCCAAACUAGACGACUGUUCACUAAAUGCUUUUAUAAUAUAGUGUUAGUCAAAUCCUUCAAUCAUGUCAUAUAUUUUUAUGUUCUUUUUCAGUGUAAUAUGAUUGUUAAGCGAAGAUAAUCUCAACUAAACUAAGAUCUAAAGUUGUGCUAAAUGACCUUUAACCUUAUAACUAAAAUUUUGAUCUAGACAAGUCUAGACAAAAAUUUCAUCACAGCUUGAAAGAGCAUCACAAAAUUAGUAAUAUUCCAAAGUUUUGUUGCGAAAUGUUGUAAAAUGCGGAUAAUAUAGCCCUGUGAAAUUUGCAAUUUUCAGUAAUUUUGUAUUACAAACGGGAAACUGACAGCCCAACACCCGAUUGGGUAUCAAUUUCCCGUUUGUAAUACAAAAUUACUGAAAAACGGCAAACUUCGCAGGGCUAUAUUAUCCACAUUUUACAACAUUUCGUAACGAAACUUUGGAAUAUUACUAAUUUUGUGAUGCUCUUUCAAGCUGUGAUGAAAUUUUUGUCUAGAUCAAAAUUUUAGUUAUAAGGUUAAAGGUCCAUUCCGUCCUUUUAUAUUCUUGUUCAGGCAACGUAAACAACACCUUCAUAGUAACAUACAGAUCCUACUAUUACGGCUAUGGUGACGAUGACCAGUACUUUAAACUCCGCGUGCGCUCACUACAACUCGACCGUGAAGCGACCUCUGAAUACAAUAUAGAAAUCACUUGCAAAAACAUCGAAUACAAAGACGCCACCAGAGCUGUAACGACGAUUCAUGUUCAAAUCCUGGAUGCGAAUGACAAUUUGCCGGUCUUCGAGAAGGAGAUAUACAAUGCUAAGAUUCCAAAGAGCAUUAAGGGAGGGGAAGAUAUUAUUCAAGUGGUUGCAACGGAUGACGAUAUCGACGAGAAUGGAAAGAUCAGAUACAGUUUGGUUCACUCAAGUGAUAGUUAUAUUUUCACGAUUGACGAGAUGUCCGGAGUGAUUUCUUUAAAGAGUGUAGAACAAUUGGCGAGGCCAUAGUAAGCUUAUUUAUCGAGUUAUCAUGUUAUACAUACAGUGGUCAGUGGUACGCAAGCAUAAGCUCGAAAUAUUUUUGCCGUAAUAGACCUUAUGCAUAAUGACGUCACAAGGCUUGAUGCCCGCGAGGAAUGCUGGUCUUACUAGUCAUCUAGUCAAAAUUUCGAUAGUGGCCAUUUUGAAAUUUUUAAUUUUCCCGGGUGAUGACUACCAAGACCAGCAUUCCUCGCGGGCAUCAAGCCUUGUGAUGUCAUUAUGCAUUGAUUGCCUAUAAGAGCAGUGGAAUUUUUUCGAAAUACAGUGCAAAAAAAUGAAAUACAAUGCAAAUUUCAUUGACUAUUUAGACUUUCUGAUUGGCUUAAAAUAUGAAACAAUAACAAAGACAGCCAAUAAGAUACAGCAAUUUCCAACCGAGAAAUAAUACAAAAAAAGUCCAAACAUUUAGGAGUUUUUUAAAGUGAUAAAAAUGGCCAGCGUUUCUUGGCAUGGGUUUCCUGGCUAGCUGCCCUCGUAUGAACCUAAUAAUUUAAAGGGAUAAUUCAGCCUUUUGAAUGAUGGUUUUUAAGGUGCAUUUCAGCUCUUUUCAUUGAAAAAACUAACUAGGAAAAUCAAUGAAGCAUAAUUCAAGAUCAGUAAACUCAAUGUUUUUGACAAUAAAAAUGUUGUGUUGUCGGUUCAAGUGAAGCCAAAAGCUACUGUUUAAAAGUAAAGUAAAGUCUAUAAAAAUAUAAAAAAUUUAAAAAAGUUGUCUUAGCUUUCGUCGUCUACGACAUCAUACAUUGUCUCGAUGAUGUCGUAGACGACGAAAGCUAAGACAACUUUUUUAAACUUUUUAUAGUUUUAUAUUAAAAUUUGCCGUCUAAGUUAGACUUUACUUUACUUUUAACAGUAGCUUUUGGCCUCACUUGAACCGACAACAUUCAUAUAAUGAUACUGAAGGACAACUUUGUACGUUUAAUAAAAAUGUUUUAAAAUGUUAAAAACUGUUGCUGGUCUUGAAUUACGUUUAGUUGAUUUUCCUAGUUAGUUUUUCAAUUAAAAGGGCUGAAAUACACCUUACAAACUAUCAUUCAAACACUCAUUAAUAAUUCAUAAGCUUAACAUGUCAACCAUAAUAUGUCACGUGCAGUGGCUUUAAACCUGAUAAAACACUCCUAGUUAGUAUUCUUUAUAUAAAGAACACUAAUAAGGCUGUAUCUAUUGUAGUCGUGUCCUCAAUAGUAUUCUUUAUAUAAAGAAUACUAAUAAGGCUGUAUAUCUAUUGAAUUUGUAGUCGUGUUUGAAGCCGUUUAAUGAACUCGCAGGUGUGUUUUAUUAGGUCUAAAGUCACUCGCGCUGCGCGCUCGUUGCUUUAAACGUAAUAAAACACUCCUACUUGUUUAUUAAACAGUACUUCAAAAGGCUGAACUGUGCCGUUAACUUAUUUUAGCUACACACUGACAGCUGUGGCGACAGAUCAAGGAACUCCACCACGAAGUGGCUACGUGACAGUCGCUUUAGAGGUUCAAAACUUUCCAACUCCCAAUCGUACCAACAAUAACCCGAUAUUCGUACAACAUCAAUAUACGGCCUACCUGCUGUGGGGUACACCCAGAGGGACAGUGGUAACUACAGUCCACGCCCAUGACCCUGUGACCUUCGACCAUCAGAACAUACGGUACUCCCUAUUCAGCGGCGAUGACUCUGUCUUCAAAGUGGACUCUAAAACUGGUGUAAUAACAACAAAAGGAGACGUUAAAAAGAUGCAAUAUAAUUUGAACAUCGCGGCUGAGUACGAAAAAAAGCCAGGGCAGAAACCGGGGGAAUUUUAUAACAUCACAUCGGUCGUUGUUUUGGUGAGGAAAAUUGACACAAGUCAGCCGCAUUUUGAGGAAAGCCAUUACACAGCUGCGAUAUCUGAAAACACUAGGAUUAAUACGAAGGUAUUGUGUUUUCAUUCACUAUUUCUGUUUUUCAUCGAUUUAAUGAAAGGUUUUGUAAUAACCAAAUAGUAACAAAACCACGUGCGUGUUGGUGCGAGCUGUCAGCGACGUCAAACGUCUUGUCUGAUGUUAAUCAACUGUUCUGAGCGUGAUCAAGUAUUAUUCCAACCUCGUACCCAGGCUCUUUCCUCUUGGCGUGGCGAGAAGACCCCGGUAGACGCUGGUCAUGUGAUGUGCUAAAAUCUAGCAGAUUUUAAUUAGCAAUCCAAGAUGAAGUCAAUAAAUAUUUGUUCAAACACUCAUUAAUAAUUCAUAAGCUUAUUGGCAAAUCAUGUCAACCAUAAUAUGUCACGUGCAGUGGCUUUAAACCUGAUAAAACACUCCUAAUUAGAAUUCUAUAAAAAAGAAUACUAAUAAGGCAGUAUCUAUUGUAGUCGUGUCCUCAUUAGUAUUUUUUUAUAUAAAGAAUACUAAUAAGGCAGUAAAUCUAUUGAAUUUGUAGUCGUGUUUGAAGCCGUUUAAUAAAUUCGCAGGUCGUGUUUUAUUAGGCUUUAAACCUAAUAAAACACUCCUGCGAGUUUAUUAAACAGUACAUAUUUGGAUAAUUUUUAUAGUUUAAUUUAUAAUUUGCAUUUUGUGUGAUUGUCGUAAAGGAAUCCAAGAUAGUUAUUUAGAAAUCUGCUAGAUUUUAACAGAUCACGUGACCAGCUCCAUCUUCUUCUUGAUUACCUGGAGAUGGAGUAACACUCCGAAACGUUUACAACAAUAAAGUUGUUUUAUUUUUAAGCACUUGUGGUCGUUGUUAAUUCCGAGAAAUACAAUCAUUAUUAAAUUUUGGCAUCCGCGCGAAUUUAAAGAGAAGUAAGCAAAAUAAAUUUAUUGAUCAAUGUUCUCUCUUUGAUCUAGGUUUUAACAGUUAAAGCGUUUUAUAAACACAAAGAACGACUGGAAUAUUCCAUACCAACACCCAGAGGAAUGUUCAAGAUUGAUAAAGACAGUGGCGACAUCACACUGAUAGCGGAGCUGGAUUACGAGAAAGAGCAACAUCACACGUUUGUUGUGAGUGCGAAAGAUCCCAAAAGUCCCAAGAAAUCAACUUGUACUGAUGUGACGAUCAAUGUUUUGGACUACAAUGAUAAUGCUCCUGUCAUUAAUUAUUAUCCAAGAUCAAUCACCGUAAAAUUGGUAAUGUAUACUGUAUUUAUAGCAUUUAUUUACAAUUAAUAGACAGAUGCAGAAGAAAUCAGUAAAAAGUGACAUUAAACUGUUCAAACGGCAACUUCAAUGAAUUUCAAACAGCUUUGACCUUUGUAAGACAUGAACAAAAUCAAUUUACAAAAUGUCCAAUUCUUAAUGUCAAAUUGCAGAAAAUAUCUACCAAAGCAAGAACAAUUUAAGGACUUUCAAGCACUCUUUAUAAACUCAAGUUCUCUCAAGUCCCUGAAUUUUUGUUUCCAAAUUCAAGGACUUUCAAGGAUUUUCAAGUUUUGUACGAAACCUGAUGGGUGGUACCAUUACAAGAUAUGGGCAAAUAUCAUGGAUAUCUUAUAUACACUAGAUAGUGCAUCUAAUUAUUCUGCAAUUCAAAAAUUGAAGCCGUGACUGCAGACUCAGGAUAUUCCCAUGAAAUGAGAAGAUUCGUAUGUUUCCUAUUUCUCAAACAGGGAACUUAAAUACAUUUUCAAACUAUUCAAAUGAUGAAAGUUAUUGUUGUUUUUUAAGCGUUUAUUAGCGAGUAGGAACUACCAACAUGGCCGCCAUCUAUUCAAAUGGGGGUAACCGCUGGAAUAUUCUUGGCUUCAAUUUUACUAAAAGAGAUGCGCUAUCUAGUGUAUAUAAGAUAUCUAUGGCAAAUAUCGAGAUUUUUGGCAUUUCGCAAUUUUCGCUGAAUUGAACGAACAGUUGAAGAGUUUAUACAGUUGGCCAGAGCACUGCACCAGAAUCGUAGGGCUGCGGGUUCGAUUAGAAGAGCCCAUAGUUGCAUUUGUCGCAGGAAGUUCAGCAAUGAAGCCCUGGGCAAACUAGGAAACAUUGUUGCGGAAAAAUUGUUUCCUACCAAUGUUUCGCCAUGUUUCGAAAAGUGGGCAAACACUAGGAAACAUUAGUGAGAAACAUAGGGAAACAAUGUUUCCACGUGUGGGCAAAUUAACAGGGAAAUAUUUGAGGAAACAUCGAGAAUCACAAAUGUUUCCACAACAAUGUUUCCUAGUUUGCCCAGGGCUUUACUCGUCAUUUUUUCUCGCAGGGCAUCAAGGGACGUCGAGAAAUUGGUCACAUUUCAGCAAGUGACAAAGACAACGGAACCAAUAGCGAGAUAAAAUAUUAUCUUGAUUCUAGUGGUAAAUAUCUUUCACUUCAUAUUUUCUGGAUAUGUUGGAAUUGUUUUUGCGGAAUGUAUGAUUCCAGGUAAAAGACGAAAUUUUGAUCUGGACAAGAAGAACGUAAUCCAUCACCAUAGUUGGAAAGAGCAUCUUAAAAUGAGUACAAUGGCAGAGUUUGGUUGCGAAUUGUUGUAAAAUGAGGAAAAUAUAGCCCCGUGAAGUUAGCAAAUUUUGUAUAUAUUAGCAUUACGCGCGGGAAUAAUAACCAUUUUUGAGCCGAAAGUGGUUAUUAUUACCGCACGUAAUACAAAUAUAUACAAAAUUUACAAACUUCACAGGGCUAUAUUUUCUUCAUUUUACAACAUUUCGCAACCAAUCUUUGCAAUUUUACUCAUUCUAAGACGUUCUUUCUAGCUGUGGUGUUGGAUUUCAUUCUUCUUGCCUUGAUCAAAAUUUAGUCUAAAGCUGGAAUCAACCAUUUUUAAAGGUAUUUUUCUUUGCUUUCCCUCUUUGCCCGAAUUUUUUUCUUUUGUUUUCCUUUGCGCGAAUUUAACCUGCUGUUAGUUUGUAGUUCUGCACAUCUGUUUAUUUCAAAACUUCAGAAAAGAAAACUCCCAACGAUCCAGAGAAUAUCUCUGAAGAAAUACUUCCAAGUUUAUAGACAAGCUAUUGGCAGGUUUUCUUUGAAUUUUAAGUUAACCUGGGGUUAAACUAACUGGCUUUUGAACAACCGGCCCUAAGUCAUUGAAUAGGGAGUUUGGCAAAUACAACGGCAUGUAGUAAAACACUGACUACCGGAACACCGGAACACCACCGGAACACCAUCGGAACACCACCUAACCCUAACCCUAACCCCCAACCCUAACCCUAACCCCCAAACAAAAUGGUGGUACGUUCCGGUAUUCCGGUAGUCAGUGUUUUACUACAUGCCAAAUACAACGGCAACGUGAUAAUCAACAAUAGCAUUAAUCCUCAAAGACAAAGGCGAAUGUAAAUUACGCGGUCUUAAGCGUUGUGCAAUGCCGUAGUUGUUGAAACUAGUACGUGAUUUGCAUCAUUUUCACGGUGCAUGACUACGGCAACAAUUAAUUCUUUCUACAGGGUGUCCCAAAAAACCCGAAAACUAUUGAAAUCACCUAUUGUUAAAAUUGAAUGCCCUACCAAAAAAACUGAACGUAAUGAUGCGUAAAAUAUUGACAAGGUGCAUGUAUUAAAAUUUAGUUAAGAACAUCUCCUUGUGAAGUGCGCGAUUUUCUGCUCUUGGGAAUUUAAAGCAGCUUCUUAAAUAGUUUCUUUAUGCAUAAAAUGUACUUAUGUCAAUCAUUUAUGCACUCGUGGGAAUCAACAGAGUGCUUAGGCAUUCAAAUUCUAACAAUUAAAUUGUUAUUGGUGAUUUCAAUAGUUUUCGGGUUUUUUGGGCUACACCCUGUAUGUUAUUUGAGGUGUUUUAUUUGAAUUCGCAGACUAUUUUUACUUAAGGGCUGUUUUGAGAGAAACAGGAAUACUUAGAGGCAAAUUAAGUGUAGUAACGUAUACUUUGGCUCUCAAACACAACAAUAUAAGGAAUUAUAUUUUUGCCGUUCUAGGUUCCCGGCCAAAUUCCCUGUUAACGCGAUAACAGCGCAUCAAAAGUGAUUCUAUUUCUUGUAGAUUAUAACGGAGUUUUCUCAAUCGAUCGUGACAAUGGAAAAUUGUAUGUCAAUGGAGCAUUGUUUGUCACUGGAUCUCUACACUGUUGUGAUGUACCUCACGAUUACAGCAGUUGUAACUGUACACUUAGAGUUACAGCAAAGGAUCAAGGGAUUCCCCCAAAAGAGGCUGAAGUUGAAAUUAUUAUAAUUCCUUAUGAUCCAAAGAAACAUCAUAAUCCAACACGACAUAUUCAUAAUCCAUCAGACGCUCAUCACACUGGUAAACAUCAUGGUACUAAACAAUUUUACCAUGCUUAUAACAAUAGUAAGGGGGGGGGGGGGGAAGGUAGGGGAAGAGAAGGGGAAGAAGGAAGUAGAGGCAGGGAAGGAGGAUUGGAAAAGAGGGAGGCAGGGAAAAGAAGAAAGGAUGGGAGGGAGGAGGGGAGAGAAGGAAGAUAAGAUGGGAGGGAGGAGGGGGAUAAGAUGGGAGGGAGGAAGGGGAUAGGAUGGGAGGGAGAUAGGAUGGGAGGAGGGGGAUAAGAUGGGAAGGAGGAGGAGGUAGGGUGGGAGGGAGGAGGAUAGGAGGGAGGAGGGGGAUAGGAUGGGAGGGAGGAUAGGAUGGGAGGGAGGAUAGGAUGGGAGGAGGAGAAUAGGAGGGAGGAGAAGGAUAGGAUGGAGGAGGGAGAUAGGAUGGGAGGGAAGAGGGGGUAAGGAGGAAGGGAAAAGGAAAGAAAAAGAGGGACAGUCAACUAAGUUUGGAAAUGCACAUUUUGAAUUUUGAGUUAGCCCCUUAACCUCUGGAGGUGCUCCCUAACGUCUGCAACCAUGGAGGAAGGAAAGAAAGAGAGGAUGAGGCUGGGAUAGAUGUCAUGGAGAGAUAGAUAGAAAAACUUUAUUUACCCACGCCAACCCUGUCAACCGAGGCUGAUUUCCACAGGGGCGUAGAAGAAUAGAAAAAAAAGAAUUGUCAGCACUAUGAAUGUACAGAUCAUGAAUAUUCAUCAUUUGCUUCUGGUGUUAGAAAGAGUAAAAUAAUAAAGUAGGAUGCAUUGCCACUUAAAGGGUUAAACACCAAGCCAACAGUUAGUACACUUAGUUUCAAGUUUCUGUUCUCAUGUCUCUUAAAACAGGGCACAACUCAAGUAAUCAAAAGACAUACAUUAUUGCUAGUGUUAUUGGAGGAGUGGUGAUUAUUAUCAUACUUGCUGGUGCUAUAUACUGGCAAAGGUAGGUUACAUACUAUAACUCAUGUAAUAAUAAAACACACAAGGUUGCAUUGCAGCUUAAAUACAAGUUAAUAAAGUGUCUUCCAAACUAUAAAUACUCUAUAACCCCCUUUAGGAGACGUCGCCAGAGGAUGUAUGCAUCAACAACAAUGAAUUACAUGAAUUUACCCUCAGAUGAAGAAGAUGAAGACUUACUAGACCCUGCGUCCGACCACGAAGACGACAAUGACAACGGCAGAAGAUUGAGUUUAAUAUCUGCAGCCUCUGAUGAUAAUUUACUUCGUAAUGAAGCACCUUGUUAAUCAAUUGUAGCAAAGACAAUAUGCCUAAGGAGGAGGCUAGAUCAUUUAUUCAAUACCUUAUUAACUAGCUGGAGGUUUUUCCUGAUAAGCUUUUGUAGCUUUUAAAUUUGUAGUUUUUUAAUGUGGCCUUCUGGCACAAAUCAUGCAAUUAAUACUUAGUAUUUGUAGGUUUUUAAGACAAGCUUAAAAUUGUAGCUUUAAAAUUUGCAGUUUCAUGAGCCCAGAUAAUGCUGGUUUCACAUUAUUCUUAACUUGAUUGUGGAAUGUACAAAAUACAAAAGGUACAUUCAUGACAAUAAUGUAAUUAGUAGAGUUUAACCCUAAUUGUCAUUAUUCUUGUUGAUUUUAUCAGUAAAUUUUCCUAGCAUGUUUGAACAUGUACACUAAAAUGUAACAUGUGAUUAUUUUCACACCUGAUAGGUGAGGGUCUCCCACAAGGGGGAGGGGGCUCUGUGUUCCAACAAGUUCCCUUGAGAUGUUUUCCAUUAGGGCGGGAGAACAGGGUGCAGGCAAAGAGAAGGGGCAGGCGUGACUAAUGUUCCUGCCAGCAAGAUCUCCCCCAAAAAACCAGCUGUUAUGCCGGCUAUACCCUGGUUGCCAGAGGUUCUUGUAUCUUUCGCCUUAUUCCUGCUAAGGUGAAAGAUACAAGAACCUCUGGCAACCAGGGUAUGCCGGCUAUUGUUCCCACCAAAGUUUCAACAUGAUCCCUUGUUCACCCAGUAUACAUGCUUUCUCAUUCCCUGUGAGUUUUUGGCUUCAUUUAUUGUUCCCCACAUUGCAAAAUAUAGAAUACGCACACCUUGGCUAAUACACACAACUCAUGUUAAAUUGGAAUUAGGGUUUUUUAAAUUUAUAAGACGCAGUUUGAGACUGUAAAUUUUCGACUUUAUUUCAAAGUCAUCUUCAGACAUUCUGAAGAUGACUUUGAAAUAAAGUCGAAAAUUUACAGUCUCAAACUGCGUCUUGUUUUGAAUUAUAUAUUAAAUUUACAGUUUGAAUGCUUUUUCAUAAUUACGUACAGUAGCCAUGUACAUUAAACGCCGAAGGCACAAUAGUUCAAGUCAACUAAAAGUCAAAGAAAGCAGUUGUAUUUUAUUCCUCCUUUAACUCUUGAUGAUAAUUUCGAGUCCACAUGUACGAAUUUUAUUAACAAGGCCAAAUUUUUUUAGCACUUUUACAAACAAAAAUUUAAAGCAAUUAGAUAACAAAACAUACCUUAAUUCUCUUAGCACACAUAUCCUGGAGUAUCGUUUAA